CUCUGGGAAUCGUUGUGUAAUUUAGACCUCCCCUUCCAUGACUGCAUCACCAACAUUGCUGUCAUACUGUAGCAACCGUACAUAGAGAAGCUGUCAGACUGACUCCAGGCAUCAAGAAUGAAGUUAUCAAUCCUUGGCGCUUCUGGCCAGACAGGUUUAUACUUAUUGUCUCAAGCAUUGGAACAGGGACAUGAAGUAAAAGCCCUCGUGAGAGAUGUCAAUAAAAUAACAAUUCAGCAUGAAAAGCUAAAGGUGGUAGAAGCCAAUAUAUUUUCACAGGAAUCCCUAGUGGAACAUUUGCAAGGCCAGGAUGCAGUUAUGUCAUGUCUGGGAUUUCCUUAUAAAAUGUUUUCCUCUAUUAGUGGUUACACUGACUCCAUGAAAACCAUUGUGGGAGCAAUGCGACAGGCUGAAGUGAACAGAAUAGUAGUGAUGACUUCAUGGUAUACUGAUACUAGCUCUGCACAGAAUUCUUCAUUUUUUGUACGCAAUUUCCUCAUUCCUCUCAUAAAAAGCGUUCUCACAAACAUGUUUGAGAUGGAACAGUACCUUGAAAAAGAAUGUCCUGAUCUUGACUGGACUGUGGUAAGACCACCUGGUCUUCAAAAUGUUCCAGUAACAGACAAAGAAAUACUGACUCAUGAAGGCUACUUUGUCCCAGAUGAAAAUGGAUACCCUUGUACCAACACAGUGUCCCGAGGAGACGUAUCGCGCUUCAUGCUCUCUACCCUCAAUGAUGAAAAGUGGACCAGAAAAAUAGUUGCAAUGUGCUGUAAAUAAUGUAGAAAUAAUGUAGAAAUUCAUGGUAAUAAUGAAGGAAAACCCAAAUGUUGCUAAACCUAGAAUUUGAUCAGUGGGUGAAUGCUAAAUCGUUAAGGGAUAAGUUCACAAAAAAAAAAAU